ACUACAUUUCCCGAAAUACAUUGCUGUGGCCAGGGUCGCUGUUUUACAGAGAAAGCACAAUUCGGAGUGCGGAGUCCAAACUGUUGACGACAGCGAGGUGUUUAUGUUACGUGAAGUUUUGGAUCUCGUCUGCAAGGAAUAUACGAUGUGGACUCGGAUUCUAUCUGGCGGCCGCGGGUUCGGAUUCGGUUUCCGAGUUCCGAGGGAGUGUGUACGUGGCGUUGGACUCGGAAUAGCGGGGAGGCAGGAGAGGCAUGCUUCAAGUUCAGAGGCCUCUAUGAGGAAGACAGCUCUGUUUGACUUCCAUCGGGACCAGGGGGGUAAGAUGGUGGAGUUUGCUGGCUGGAGCAUGCCUGUCCAGUACAAAGACAGCCACAUCCACUCCCAUAUGCACACUCGCCAGCACUGCUCCAUCUUCGACGUCAGCCACAUGCUACAGAGCAAAGUCCACGGAAGAGACAGAGUCAAGUUUAUAGAGUCUAUGAUCGUUGGAGAUAUAGCAGAGCUGAAGGACAACCAGGGCACGCUCACCCUCUUCACCAAUGACAAGGGAGGAAUAAAUGAUGAUCUUAUCGUCACCAAGACAGACCAAGGCUACCUCUACGUGGUGUCCAAUGCUGGCUGUGCAGACAAGGACUCUGCCAACAUGAAGGCUAGACUAGCCAAGUUCAAAGCAGCAGGUCACGAUGUGGAGCUGGAGUUUCUGGAGGAAUGUCUGAUUGCCGUUCAAGGUCCCUCCAUGUCCAAGGUGCUCCAGCCGGGAUUGACAGAUGACCUCAGCAAGUUGACCUUUAUGACCAGCACUCUGGCCACUGUGUUUGGGAUCCAGGGCUGCAGGGUGACCCGCUGUGGCUACACUGGAGAAGACGGAGUGGAGAUCUCAGUGCCUAAAUCUGGUGUGGUAGCCCUGACGGAGCGCCUGUUGGCCAACAGUGAGGUCAAGCUGGCCGGAUUGGGGGCGCGAGACAGUCUGAGGCUGGAGGCAGGCCUCUGUCUCUAUGGUAACGACAUCGAUGAGACCACCACCCCUGUGGAGGCGACACUGGUGUGGACCAUAGGGAAGCGGCGUCGUCAGGCGAAGGAUUUCCCCGGUGCUGAGAUCAUUGUCCCCCAGAUAAAGGCAAAAACGACGAGGAAGCGUGUGGGCUUGGUGUCCACGGGACCCCCUGUCAGACAGCACACCCCCAUUCUCAGCCCAGAGGGAAAGAUCAUAGGUGAGGUCACCAGUGGUUGCCCCUCCCCCUGCCUGAAGCAGAACGUUGCCAUGGGUUACGUGGAUGUGGCGUAUGCCAAGAAUGGAACUCCCAUUCAGGUGGAGGUGAGGAAGAAGGCAGUGAAGGCAGUGGUCACCAAGAUGCCCUUCGUGCCUACAAACUACUACUCUGGCCAUUAGAUCUGUCCUUCAAUGGACACCUGGCUUAUGAGAUCAGCCUAUGAACAGUAAGUACCCUGAUCGGACAACUGCCUCCUAAUGACAACAAAGAGAUCAGUCUAUCAGAACAAAUGCUGCCCCCUUGUGUUUACCUUGAGCAGUGACACUCAAACCUGCAGGACUGUAAGGCUUUCUUUAGCAAUAGAGAAUGGGUUAUGAGUGUGUGGCCUUGCCUACACCCAAAUCUCCACUCAACUACACAAAUACAGCUAUACUCUUGAGGAUGAGGCUUUUCACUCCUGUUAUCUGAAGCUUGUUGGUGGUCUUUAGACCACAGUGAGUUGUGUGAAUGAGCCAUAUGGUUUGAAAGACAGGGAUCUCACUAACUCACUGACCAGUCAGCAAAAGCAGCAACACGUGCUAUGUAAACCAAGAGACACAGGAGCAAGUCACGUUUACAGGACUACUGAGCAAAACAUUUUCUCCCGUCGAAUAGUAUCAAUCUAAACUUGCAUUUUUUCAGGCUAAGUGGCACAAUGACGUGUUAAUGUUCACUAAUUGCUAACUUAAUACUAUAUGUCAGCAGGAACAAACAACUCUUCAUAUGAUUCCAAAUUGCUUUUGUGAUACUUUGUCUUUAGGCUUGUACCACGAUCCUAGUUGUCACAUUCCCAACAAACUAAAACUAACCAAUAUAUCCAGUAAUGUGUUGCCAAAAUCCAAUACCUUGCUUGUAACUACUGUGAAGUACCUUAGAGGUGCUCAUGGUCUUGCAUCUCCCCUCUACUAUUUAAAUAUUGUCUCAAUGUUUUUGAUAUUCACUUUUGUUCAUGUGAAUGCCUUAAUUUGUAUAGCAAGGUAAUGAUGUAGUUUGUAUCUAAUACCCUCAUAUUUUCCUUGUAAUAUAGGUCCUAAUUCACAUAGAAUUAAAUAUUUGAAUUCAGGGUAAUUCAUAAUAUAUUAUACCUUUCUCUUUGUUGGGGAAACCAUAACUUUGGAGAAUUGUCAUUGCAUAUGUGGAGGUCACAUGACUCCACUAGAUGUAAGUUAAACAUCUGUCACUGUUGUUUGACAAUUGCCAAAAUGUAUGGACUACUGUAUUUACUGCUGAUUAAUGCCCUGUGUAUUGUCUUUCUAACAUUCAAGAUUUUGUUGUUUGCAAAUUAUUAAACACGAUUUUCCCAUUA